AUGUGGUCCAACCAGAGUUGGCCCAAAGUGCUCUAUUUGCCUCGGCAGGAUACGGAUGGUGUUGAUACAACGAAUGAUGUAGAAACGAAGGAUGGCCACAACUACCUUCCAGACUUUCUAACCGCCUUGACGAUAUGCCAGCCAACCGAGGAUUUCAAUCCAACCCUUGCGAGUACGCCGUUACGGCCAACUUCCAGCAACGAUCCAUUUCGACAUCCCUUAGGAUUCGUUUUCGUAAGUUUCUCCAUCCUUUCCAGAAGCAUGCCAACCGAGGAUUUCAAUCCAACCCUUGCGAGUACGCCGUUACGGCCAACUUCCAGCAACGAUCCAUUUCGACAUCCCUAUCCUAGGAUUCGUGUCGUGCGCACUAAGAGUUCUGGUCCUGUGGUACAGCAGAAUGUGUCGCACAGUUCCAACGCGUCCGUCACAUCUUCCCGUGUCCGCCACAAGAAUUCCGCUACGGUCAGGCGACUGGACUCUGCUAGCAUCCAACGGCUGGAUUUGCCUCAAGUUUCCAAGUCGGGUAAAAAGCGAAAGCCUAAGCGGGGAAUGAAAGCGUUGCGGGAAAUUCGUGCGUACCAAAAGAGUACUGAUCUGCUAAUAUGCAAGCUGCCCUUCGCACGUGUGGUACGAAGUAUCGCUCUGCGCGUUCUUGGAGAAGAUGCUGGCGUGUACCGAUGGCAGGCCGUGUGUAUUUUAGCCAUUCAAGAGGCUGCUGAAGCGCUACUGGUUUCCCUAAUGGAGUCUUCAAUGAAAUGCGCUGCGCACGCCAAUCGAGUGACCUUGAUGCCCAAAGACAUCCGAUUGGCCGCCGAACUACAAAAUAUACCCACUCCCUACACUUCUGCAUCCCGACCGUUCUAGAGAUAUUCUCUGAUCCGCUUUCCCAGAUUUUGUUGUAUUUAUUCCUUACCUACCGUCUUUAUUUCAGUAAAUAAAAUGUACGGGAUUGUGUUGCGACAGAAAAGCCCCUAAGAUUGCUCUGCUUUUUGCCAUUCUCAACCCCUUGGUACUCC